CUGCACUACAGGACCCUCAUGGACAGCAGAGCUUGUGUUAAAAUGGCAGCAGCUGCCUGGGGCAGUGGAUUUCUCAAUGCUCUCCUGCACACUGCUAACACGUUUUCAAUACCACUCUGCCAAGGCAACACCAUGGACCAGUUCUUCUGUGACAUCCCCCAGAUCCUCAAGCUCUCCUGUGCAGACUCCUACCUCAGGGAAGUGGGGCUUCUUGUGGUUGGUCUUUGUUUAGCUUUGGGGUGUUUCAUUUUCAUUGUGGUGUCCUAUGUGCACAUCUUCACUGCUGUGCUGAGGAUGCCCUCUGAGCAGGGCCGGCACAAAGCCUUUUCCAUGUGCCUCCCGCACCUGGCUGUGGUCUCCCUGUUUGUCAGCACUGGCACGUUUGCCUACCUGAAGCCCCCCUCCAUCUCCUCCCCAGCUGUGGAUCUGGUAGUGUCUGUUCUGUACUCAGUGGUGCCUCCAGGCCUUGAGCUGAUGGUGCUGCUCUGCAGAGCGAGCGGACUGUGA